AUGACUUGUUGUACCAGUGAAGAAGCAAGAGAACAGCGAAGGAUUAAUCGCGAAAUUGAAAAGCAGCUACAGCGGGAUAAACGGAAUGCCAGGCGAGAGCUGAAGCUACUGCUGCUAGGAACCGGAGAAUCCGGAAAGUCAACCUUCAUCAAGCAGAUGAAAAUUAUCCAUGGAUCGGGCUACUCUGAUGAAGAUAAAAAAACUUUCAUUAAACUCGUUUAUCAGAACAUUUUUAUGGCUAUGCAAGCAAUGAUUCGAGCAAUGGACACCUUGAAAGUACCGUAUGGAGAUCCAGCGAAUGAGGAGAAGGCUUCAAUCGUAAGAGCGAUUGACUACGAGUCUAUUACCACAUUUGAGGAGCCGUAUGUCACAUACGUGAAAGAUCUUUGGCGCGACAAAGGUAUUCUAGAAGUGUACGAUCGUCGACGGGAAUACCAGCUGACAGAUUCUGCCAAAUAG